AUGGAUAGCUCAAUACCAGGCACAAAGCCGAAAUCACCAUCGACAAGGCAGCCAACCUUGGUGCAUUUGUUGCAAGAUGCAGCGAACCAAGAUGCACAGCGGCACCUGAUCUUCUACCCGCAAGGAGACACAAAGAACCCUCUAACAAUAUCGUACAGACAGCUUUAUGUGCAAGCCAGGCAGAACGCAGCUGUCAUCAUGUCCCUGGACAAGUUCCGAAAGAACCAUCCCAUCCUCGUCCAUCUCGACAAGCAAUGGGACACCAUCCUGUGGUGCUGGUCCGUCAUGCUAGCCGGAGGCUUGCCCGUCAUCUCGACGCCAUUCAGCCGUGUAGAAGAACACCGACAGAAGCACAUCCAGGGGCUCUCUACACUGCUGCAGUCACCCAUAUGUAUCACCAACACCGAAUCUAUCCUGUUAUUCGAUGGAGAACUCGACAUGCAUCUCCACACGGUCGAGAGUCUCACGCAGAUGAAGAAGCAGAGACAGCGAGAUGAUGUUGACGCCAGUCGCGGUAAGCGACUCGGCUUGGCCUGGGACACGAGAUCCCAUGAAGAGACGGCUCUCCUGAUGUUAACAUCGGGCAGCACGGGGAACGCCAAAGCCGUAGAGCUCAGUCACGCACAGAUACUGGCCGCGGUGGCGGGCAAAGCCUCGGUCCGCCAGCUGCCAAAGGGGCGACCUAUGCUGAAUUGGAUCGGCAUGGAUCACGUCGCAAGCCUGGUUGAAAUUCACGUCCAGGCUCUCUGGCUUGGCAUAGACCAGAUACAUGUACACCCAUCGGAUGUGAUUUCUUCGCCCGGACUGUUCCUCGACCUGCUGAGCAAGCAUCGGGUAUGCAGAUCGUUCGCACCCAACUUCUUCCUCAUCAAGCUGAUUGCCGAGCUGGAAUCGUCCCUUUCCCACCGAGAUGCGAUCACUAGGCCCAAAUGGGACUUGUCGUCCCUCACCAUAUUGGCUUCGGGAGGCGAGGCAAACGAUGUGCAGGUCUGCAAGGCCGUUUCCAGACUCCUGGCAACGUACGGGGCCUACCCUAACGUAGUCACGACCGGCUUCGGCAUGACAGAGACGUGCGCUGGCUCCAUCUACAACCUAGACUGUCCGGGAUAUGACAUGGCCCAGGGCCGUUCAAUCGCCUCUCUGGGUAAGUGCAUCGACGGCAUCGAGAUGCGCGUCACCAUCGGCGAGGACAGAGCUGCGUGCAGGGUGGCAGUUGCGGACGAGCCUGGGUACCUUGAAUUACGCGGACCUGUCGUAUUCAAGCGCUAUUACCGCAGCACUCGGGCCACGGCAGAGGCCAUCUCUACGGAUGGGUGGUUCCGCACUGGAGACCAGGCCUGCAUCGGGGAGGACGGGAACCUAGCCAUGAUCGGUCGGUUCAAGGAGGUUUUCAAUAUUAACGGUGUCAAGCACGAGGUCGCCGAUGUGCAGGAGGCCCUAGACAGGAGCCUGGCGGGGCGAGUCUCGCGGCUUGUCUGCUUCCCUUCCAAGACAGCCGGCACGGAGCAGGUGACGGUAGCAUAUAUACCACCGAGUCCUCCGCCAGCCGAUAGUGCCCUGGCCCUGCUGGAGACAGAUGAACUAGCUAUGCAGGCAUGUAUGCUAAGCACAGGAAGCAGGCCGCUUGUAUUUUUACUCCGCGAUGCGUCCCUGCCAUCACUGCCCGUCUCAACAUUGGGCAAAAUCUCGCGUGCUAAGAUGAGGAAGCUAUUCGAAGAUGGCAUCUUUGACCAGGACGUAGCCGCAUAUGAUAGAGCUAUACGCGAGGCCAGGCAAGCUAUUAGCCUGGAGGAGAAUAUUCAGUGCCGCACGGGAGCCGAGGCCAGCCUGAUGCGAGACGUGGCCGAGACUCUGGGGGUCAGCGAGACGGCAAUGGGGCUUGACUCUCCCUUUUACAGCCUAGGAAUUACGUCGAUGGACUUGAUCAGGCUCAAGAACCGGAUCGACAAAAGACUUGGCACGACCCUGCCAAUUGUUUUGCUGAUGAAGCACCCGACGGUGCGAGAACUCGCGGUCUCACUUGAGGCGCACGUUAGGGCUUGCGGCGGCGGCGGCGCCACCAAUAACGACAAGAACGUAUUGCAGGACGUGGCAGUGCCGUACGACCCUGUUGUGGCGUUCCAAACGGUGGGCGAUAAAACUCCGCUAUGGCUAAUCCAUCCGGGGGUGGGCGAGGUGCUUGUGUUCGUUGGGCUGGUGCAGGAAAUAGCCAAGUCGGACCAUAUGCGGCCUGUAUACGCGCUCCGGGCGCGCGGAUUUGACCAUGGCCAGCAGCCGUUUGUGUCUAUAACUGAGGCGCGGGAUACUUACCUAGCGGCAAUCAGGCAGCGUCAACCACGCGGGCCCUACGCGCUCGCUGGGUACAGUUAUGGGACCAUGUUGGCGUUCGAGGUAACCAAAGCACUCGAGGCUGCAGGAGAGACGGUCGCCUUCCUUGGUAGCUUCAACCUGCCACCGCAUAUCAGGCAGCGAAUGCAGCAGCUGAGUCGGAAUGCCUGUCUCCUGCAUCUGGCCCAGUUCCUUGCACUCGUCACCGAGGAUUUCGCCGACGAGAAAGAGGGGGAUCAGGCUUAUCUCGCACUCCCGCCCGCAGAUGCCCUGCGAUAUAUCCUGGACACCUCGGACAAGGCUCGACUUCAGGACCUGGCCCUAUCCGAGCGGGACCUAGACCGCUGGGUCGACGUCGCUUUUGGGCUGCAGAGCAUGGCCACGGACUACGAGCCAGAAGGUAUUGUGGCCGUUAUCGACGUCUUCCAUGCAAUUCCCUUGCGACGGGCAGCCCGGAACCGAGACGAAUGGAUCCACCUGCAAUUGGCAAAGUGGAAAGAUUUUUGUGCCUCCGUCCCUCGCUUCCAUGCAGUUGGGGGUGCUCACUACACAAUGCUCGGCCCAGAUCACGUCCAGGGCUUUGCCGUGGAAUUGAUAGGUGCUCUGCGGAAGAGGGACAUAUGA